UUGUAAAAGACUAACGCUUAACCAUGUGCGCGCCUGGCGGUGCACGAUCGGCAUUUCUUAAUGUGACCAACGUUGAAAAAAUGACUAUCGUAGGAAGAAAAACGUUUCUACGUUGUUACUAACAAGACGUUUUUCAAUUGUUUUUCUUUGUCUUCUCGAUUUACGAUGCACGUGGUGCUUAGUACUGUUUCGUACGUCGUAGAGGCAACAUUCCGUGUUUCAUCUUGACAAGAUUAUAAGUAAAAAUCGCUAAAAAUGCCGAUAGUAAAGCAAGAAGCGCAUCGACCAGGUGCGUUUAAGCAAACGAAUAAGGCGCAUAAAACUGGAAGACAUCGUAGCAAAGGUUCAAUAAGCAGUGAUGUUAAAGGAAAAGUUAAUGCGAAAGUUUUGUCGAAACGUGUGCGCAAGAACCUAGGAAAAGAAGCGCGAAGGCAUCAGGCGUCACAAAUUCGAAAACAAAAGAGGGAAGAUGUCCUGCAACAGAAAAGAAAUCUUGGAGGAUCAGAUUCUGCACCAAUACUUAUAUGUGUUAUACCGUUGCAAGUGGGCUUCGAAGUUCAGGAUAUGUUAUCUCUAUUAACAAAAGUAGACAAGACAGCAAAUGUAAUUACUAGUACUUGUGGUACAGUGCAUAUAAGUGUACCCAGAUUCAAACAACGAUUUUCUAUUAUUACUCCAUCGGCUGGUAAUGUAUUUGCAUCAUUGGAUGCAAUAACAGUAGCAACAAAUGUACUUUUUGUUAUUUCUACUGAAAACAAUCCUAGGGAAGAAAUAGUUGACGACUGGGGAGAAGAAAUCCUUACGUCUUGUGUUGCUCAUGGUUUGAAUACUUCAAUAGUUGCAUUGACAAAUCUUGAAAACCUUCCCGUAAAGAAACGUCAAGCCUACAAGAACCGUGUACAGACGGCAAUUCAGAAAUGGCUUCCAGAAGAAAAAAUUUUUCGGUUGGAUACAACUACAGAUGCCUUGAACAUUUUAAAACGAGUUGGCUCUCAGAAACAGAGAACGGUAGCCUAUAAAAAUAAAAGGCCACAUUUAUUAGCUGAAGAAAUUAAGUUUAAAUGUAACAAGGACUCUACCGAGUUGGGCACUCUCAUGGUGUCAGGAUAUCUUAGAGGGAUACCAUUAUCGGUUAAUGGAUUAAUAUACAUACCUGGAUUUGGAGAUUUUCAAAUGUUACAAAUCGAUGCUCCUGGAGAUCCAUAUCCGAUGGAAACGAAACAGAGAAAACAUGACGACACAAUGGAUGAUGAACCAUCCAUUAGGGUGCUCGAUCGUGCGGAUCCGAAGAAACAAGAAUCUCUUGAAGCUGAAAAUAUUCCUGAUCCCAUGGACGCUGAACAAACGUGGCCAACGGAAGAGGAAAUGGCUCAAGCAGAAGCCUCUAGAAACAAGAAAAUUGUGAAGAAAGUACCAAAAGGGACAUCUGAAUAUCAGGCAGCUUGGAUACCUGAUGAGGAUGGAGAGGAAGUGGACAAUGAAUAUUCGGAUGAAGAAUCAGAAGACGGGAUGUCUGUAGACGAGGCGGAGUCUCAGGAUGACAGUAAUGGUGAAGACGAAGAAAACGAUGAAGAAUAUGAGACAAUUGCAUUCUCGGAAGUUGUUCCGGAUGAACAAAAAUAUGAUCAGGACAUGGACAUGGUAGAGGAGAGAGCAGCUAUAGAAAAACUAAAAUCGGUAAAAAUGGAUGCAGAAUUCCCUGACGAGAUGGACACGCCUCAAGACAUGUUGGCGAAAGUUCGGUUCCAGAAGUAUCGUGGAUUGGAAUCAUUCAGGAUGAGUCCAUGGGACUCAAAGGAGAAUCUUCCCCUUGAUUAUGCUCGGAUCUUUCAGUUUGAAAACUUUGAUGGAACAAGGAAACGCGUGUUCAAAGAAUCACAGGAAAUAGAAGGAGCUAUGCCUGGCUGGUACAUCACGAUCCAUGUUGCGAAUGUUAGACACGAUCUUUUCACUGCCAUCUGUUCCAUGGAAAAUCGUCCAUUGAUAAUCUCCGGUUUGUUACCCAACGAACAUAAGAUGACUUUUCUAAAUGUGGUACUAAAACAUACCACGAUUAGUAUGCAACCAGUGGAAUCUAAAGAGCGAUUAAUAUUUCAAUGCGGAUUUAGAAGAUUCUCAACGAGACCGGUAUUUAGUCAGCAUACUAAUGCAAACAAACACAAGUAUGAGCGUUGCUUCGGUCCAGGGAUGACUGUUGUGGCAAGCAUGUACGCGCCAAUUACUUUCCCACCAUGUCCAGUUCUAUGUUAUCUUGAAAGACUGAAUGGAAUAUUGGAACUGAUAGCAACUGGCAGCGUGUUGUCUGCGAAUCCCGACAGAAUUGUCGUGAAGAGGGUUGUUCUUAGCGGUCAUCCCUUUAAAGUGCAUAAACGAUCAGCGGUUGUAAGAUUUAUGUUCUUUCACCGGGAGGACAUUAAUUGGUUUAAGCCAGUCGAACUACGGACAAAAUAUGGUCGUAGGGGACAUAUCAAAGAACCAUUGGGUACGCAUGGACACAUGAAAUGUGUUUUUAACGGUCAACUGAAGUCGCAGGACACGGUUUUAAUGCAUCUAUAUAAACGGAUUUUCCCAAAAUGGUCGUACUAUCCAAUGUUAAUAACGCGUAUGCCCCGUGAAGAAGAAAAGUUGGAGGCGCAAUACAAAUUGUGUUAUUAAGUAAUUCAAUGUAUAUUCAAACGUAUGUGCAGAGAAUCUUAUGAAAUAAAGUGUUCUUUUCAAUUCUAAAAAUUA